AUGGCCUCGUCACCCCGCGGCCGUGGCCCGUCUCCGUCUGCGUCCGUUCUGCGCCUGUCUGCGUCUGGAUCGCGGCUAACGGGACGGGCCCGCCACCGCUCGUCGGGCAUGGCCUCUCUUGUGCAGCCAUACGCCGAGUCUCGCCAUACGGACCAUGUACCAUGGUGCAAGUGCAAAGCACAAGGUCUCUCGACGGAGCGAAUGGCCACCGCGCUGCAUAUCUGGUGCGAUGCGGCCGCUUUGAGAGGCCACCCCCACCCGGCUCAGCAUCAGUGUUCAGUCAGGAUCAUGGCCAGGAUUGGGGUCAGGCAGGACAUUCGGAAGAAGGGCGCCAGCAGCGGCAACAGCAAACAGCAACAGCACCAGCGAUACCAGGACACGCGGAGGGACAGGGAAAAGCAGCAGCGCAAGACGACAACAAGACCCGGACACGAGAGGCCAAGACGCCCAACAUUGGAGGACGACCAGCAGCAGCAGGAAAAGCAGGCUUGCCGCUUUUGGUGCUGA